AUGCUACCAAAUCAGAGAGCAAGUGGAAUUGUAUGGUACUUCUAUAGUCGUUGUGAUGAAAGUAAGUUUAACGAAGAAAUUUGGGAAAUGAGUUCGGGUUUUCGGAAAGAAACAAAGUCAAACAACACACCAAUCACUGGUAAGUGGAAAAGAACCAAUGGUGUUAAACGCGAAAAUUCUUACAGAUCCAAAUCUGAAUGGGUAAUGCACGUGUAUCUACCCACGUUUUUACCUCUCGAUCAGGUAAUUUACCCGGUCUAUAGUUUAUACUUUAUAGCCAUUAGUUGUGUCUUUUGUUGA